AUGGAAGAUUCAUUCAAAAAUUUAACCAUUGAAAAUAAAGAACAACAAACAGUAACAACAACAACAACAACAACAACAACAACAACAAAAAAAAUUCAAACUUUAGAAGUACCAUUAAGAAGAAAUGGUGAUCUUAUAGAAUUUUCAGAUUCAGAUGAAGAAUAUUAUUAUGAUGAUGAUUAUGAAGAAAUUGAAUAUGAUUCAGAUUUAUCAGAUGAAGAGAAUGAAGAUAGAAUUUUAGGAAUUAGAUCAUCAAUACCAUUAAAUAAAACUUUACAACCAAAAGCACAAGCAUUGGAACAAAAAUAUCAAAAUAAAAUUAAUGUAAAUUCAAUUGCUAAUAGUAUUUCGAGUAAGAGGGUGAUUGAUGAUGAUUCACAUAGAGCAUUACCAAAUUCUGUACAAAAUUCAAUUAAAGAGAUUAAAAAGAAAGAUGAUAAACAAGGUGUACGUAUUGUAGAUAAAGAGGAUAGAGCAACCACUGAGCAAGUGUUGGAUCCACGUACACGUUUAAUGUUAUUUAAAAUGAUUAAUAAGGGUGCAUUCUCAGAGAUUAAUGGUUGUAUCUCAACGGGUAAAGAAGCCAAUGUGUACCAUGCAUUCACACCCAAUGAGGAAGAACGUGCUGUAAAAGUGUAUAAAACCAGUAUUCUGGUAUUCAAAGAUCGUGAUCGUUAUGUAACUGGUGAAUUUCGUUUUCGUCGUGGUUAUAGUAAACAUAAUCCAAGAAAGAUGGUGAAAGUGUGGGCAGAGAAGGAGUUUAGAAAUCUCACACGUUUAAAGAAUGCUGGCAUACCGUGUCCAACACCAUUGAUUCUACGUAACCAUAUUCUAGUGAUGACAUUCAUCGGCAAGGACGGCUAUGCCGCACCACGUUUAAAAGAUGCCACUGUAUCACAAGAGAAGUUUGGUGUAAUCUAUUUGGAUUGUAUAAAAAUGAUGAGAACAUUGUUUCAUAAAUGUCGUUUAGUACAUGCCGAUCUCUCUGAAUACAAUAUGUUAUACUACAAGAAUCAACUCUACAUCAUCGAUGUUUCUCAAUCGGUUGAACAUGAUCACCCUCAUUCAUUGGAUUUCCUUCGUAUGGAUUGUUCAAACGUUACAGAUUUCUUUAGAAAGAAAGAAGUGAACACAAUGUUCAUUCAAGAGUUAUUCGAAUUCAUCACAGAUUUAACAAUUACCGAGGAUAAUAUCGAUCAAUAUUUAGAGAAAAUGUUAGAGAAAAUUCAAUCACGUGGUGAAACAACAGAUGAACAAAAAAUUCAAGAGGAAGUCUUUAGAAAUGCUUAUAUUCCACGUACUUUAGAUCAAAUUAUAGAUUUAGAUAGAGAUAUGGAAAAAAUUGAAAGAGGUGAAGGUCGUGAUAUUUUCUAUCAAAAUUUAACAGGUUUAAGUAAAGAUUUACAAAAUAUUAAAUCAAAAAAUGAUUUAAUUAAUGAUUCAAAUGAAAAUAAGGAUUCUGAUGAUUCUUCUUCUGAUUCUUCUGAAGAUUCUGAUGAUGAUUCCGAUUCUGAUCAAUUAAAUGAAGAUGAUGAAAAAAUUCGUAAAUUAGUUGUAAUUGAUCCAAUUACUAAAAUGGAAAUUAGAUUAGAAGAUAUGCCUAAAAAAGAUCGUAAGAAAUUUGUAAAAGAAAUGAAUAAAGAAAGAAGAAAAACAAAAAUACCAAAACAUAUUAAAAAAUUAACUAAAAAGAGAAAAGCAGAGAAAUUUGGUAAAAAGAAAUAA